AUUGAUUGGAAAGGAGCGAUUGACGGAGGGCGUGAAAGAAAGGCGCGUGGAGACACAUGCUCCGGCAAAUUAUUAUCCUCUGCUGCACGGAGCACCCGAGCCAUUCCCCAAUCAACACUCCAGCUCUAUACAUUUCAAAUCGCCGAACGUUUAUCCCCCUUCACUUUCUUAUUUAUUCAUCGAUUUCUCAUUUCCAUCAAACUGCCGAUUGGUUCUCCGUUUCUCUCUCUACUAUAGGAACUUCUGUAUCUGCUUCUCUCUCUACAUUCUGCUCUUCGUUGAUUUUGUUAUCAUGGCUUAUGAGCAAAGCUUUGGUGCCCCAACCAUGCAUUUGGGAUCCGAGGGUGAUGUCUCGCACAAACAAAAAUGGAGUUCAGUUUCACAGUCUGCUAUGAUGUUGGAAAACUCAAAUGGAGGCUUUGAUUGCAAUAUAUGUCUAGAGUCAUGUCACGAACCUGUGGUAACUCUCUGUGGUCACCUGUACUGCUGGCCAUGUAUUUAUAAAUGGCUCCAUGUUCAGAGCUCGUCGUUCGAGUCAGAUGAGCGACCUAGAUGUCCAGUCUGCAAGGCAUUCAUCUCUAAUUCCUCUUUGGUCCCCCUCUAUGGUCGAGGUAGGUCUCCAUCCGAAUCUGAAGCCAAGAAACGCCAGUUGGAUUCAACUGUACCUCCCAGGCCAGCAGCACUUGGGCUGAAUACCCUGCUUGAUACUUCAGCAUCAGUUUCUUCCGAUUCUAAUCAGCAAAAUAAUCCAAACCCGUUUCAUCAGGAUAACCAGACCUUCGAUCAACAGCAGCGCUUCCCCAAUCCGUUUGGUAACUAUUCUUCUAUCCCUCCACCCACAACAACCAGCUUCUUCAGUCCGACAAUUAACAUGGUCAGUGAAAUAGUGUUUGCUGGUAUGUUUGGGAGCUCAGACUCGAAUAUGUUUGCUUAUCCAUACACGAAUUCUUACCCCCUAAUAGGAAAUGGUAGCCCAAGGUUGAGAAGGCACGAAGUUCAGCUGGACAAGUCACUGAACAGAGUGUCGAUCUUUCUUUUCUGCUGCAUUGCUUUGUGCCUUAUCUUGUUUUAGUCUGUAAAUCUAGACUCCAGUGUUGUAUAGCUGUGUAUAGAUCGACAUCGACACCUUCUCGGAGAACCGUUGACCACCAUAGAGUACAUAUGCGUGUAUUAGAGAUCUUUAUUCUGAAAGAGUGAGGUUAUCCUUGUGUACCUGAUUUUUUCUUGUUAUGGAAGGGAAUCAAACUCACAAUUAUAUGUUGCA